AAAAAAAAAAUCGCUCUUCCUACUUGUUUAUCAGUUGAACUAUAAAUGGCUUAAACCCUCCUUGUCCUCUCCAAUGUGGGUAAUAAUUUCUCUGAGAAAUCAAUGGGGGUUGGAGGCAAAUUCUGGGACUUGCUCAAACCCUACGCCCGGAACGAGGGCUUCGAUUUCUUGCGGAACAAGCGAGUCGCCAUUGACCUUUUUUUCUGGAUCGUCCAGCACGAGACCGCUCUCAAGUCCAACGCUCGAAAUCCGCAUCUCAGGCUCACCUUCUUUCAUACCAUCAAUCUCUUCUCCAAGGAACUACUUGAGCUAUUUGGGAUGCCUCUUCUGAAAGCAAAAGAAGAGGCUGAAGCACUGUGUGCCCAGUUAGACCAUGAAGGUCAUGUAGACGCUUGCGCAUUUCUCUUUGGUGCUACAUGUGUGAUAGAAGGCUUUAGAUCGAACUCCAAAGUAAGUUUUAAGUCACA